AUGACAGUGACAUACACCAACCGUGUGGCCGAUGCCCGACUCGGUACCUUCUCACAGCUCCUGCUCCAAUGGAAAGGAAGUAUCUACAAACUUCUCUACUCCGAGUUCCUUAUUUUCAUCUUUCUCUACUUCACCAUCAGUCUUAUCUACAGGCUGAUCCUGAGUGAGAGCCAAAGGCUGAUGUUUGAGAAGCUGGCACUCUACUGCAACAGCUAUGCUGAGCUCAUCCCCGUGUCCUUCGUGCUGGGCUUCUACGUGGCCCUGGUGGUGUCCCGCUGGUGGGCCCAGUACGAGAGCAUCCCCUGGCCUGACCGCAUCAUGAACUUGGUCUCCUGCAACGUGGACGGGGAGGACGAGUACGGGCGGCUCCUGCGCCGCACCCUGAUGCGCUACAGCAACCUCUGCAGCGUCCUCAUCCUGCGCUCCGUCAGCACCGCCGUCUACAAGCGCUUCCCCAGCAUGGAGCACGUCGUCAGGGCAGGCCUCAUGACACCAGAAGAACACAAGAAGUUUGAGAGCUUGAAUUCACCCCACAACAAGUUUUGGAUCCCGUGUGUGUGGUUCUCCAACCUGGCUGUGAAGGCAAGGAACGAGGGGAGGAUCCGGGACAGCGUUCUGCUCCAAGGCAUCCUGAACGAGCUCAACACCUUGCGCAGCCAGUGUGGGCGACUCUACGGGUACGACUGGAUCAGCAUCCCCCUGGUCUACACCCAGGUGGUGACCGUGGCUGUUUACAGCUUCUUCCUGGCCUGUCUGAUUGGGAGGCAGUUCCUGGAUCCAGAAAAAGCAUAUCCUGGCCAUGAGCUGGACCUCUUCGUGCCUGUCUUCACAUUUUUGCAGUUCUUCUUCUAUGCUGGCUGGCUAAAGGUGGCCGAGCAGCUCAUCAACCCUUUUGGGGAGGACGAUGAUGACUUCGAAACCAACUGGCUCAUUGACAGGAACCUGCAGGUCUCCCUGAUGGCAGUGGAUGAGAUGCACCAGGAUUUGCCCAUUCUGGAGAAGGACCUGUACUGGAAUGAGCCGGACCCCCAGCCACCCUACACUGCAGCCACUGCCGAGUACAAGCGCCCGUCAUUCCUUGGCUCAACCUUUGACAUCAGCAUGCAGAAAGAAGAGAUGGAGUUCCAGCCGCUGGAGCAAAUCAAAGAGAAUGAAGAGGCCAACCACUCCACACCCUUACUGGGACACCUGGGCCGCCUCCUUGGUGUCCAGUCACCCAGCUUCUCCAGGUCCUCUUCCCGGAUGAACCUGCUGCGCAGACGAGGAGACCCCUCAGCCCCCUUCUCCCAUUACACCUACCAAGACGUGGGCAAGCCUGGAAGCCCUUGCAGCAUCAACCAACCAAGGAGAGACUCCAGCUCACAGGACCAGUGGGACAGCGAAGACAGGAAGCUAAGGGAUUUUGAUGCCUUCAUGUCAACCCCAUUCUAUGAGAGGCCUGGUUUCUACAGCGCUCCACAGACACCCAUCAGCUCCAUCCCCAUGAUCUUCCCUUCCAGACGCCAAGGCCGCAAGAAGCCUCCUGCCCUCUCCAGCAUUGCUGCCUGUUCCACUUCUCUUCGGGAUGGCAUCGCCAACACCUCACCCUCCAGGGUCAGUGACUUGAAUAAAAGCCAGAGCUCCCUUGGCUCAGGGGCAAAGGAAACAUUUAUUUGGCCAACAGAUCGGAGCAAAGGCCCCGACUCGCUGAUUCUACCAGUAGAAGAAGAGCAGAGCAACUCGAAAAGCAGAGAAGCUUCCACUACAGGAAGUCCAGGAGCUCGGUCCACAGCAUCAGAUAGCCUGAAAUUCCCCUUCCUGGCUGAGUCCCCAGACCACGAGAAGCAGGGUAGCUUCAAGAGCCUGAAGAGCUUGAAAGGUUCCCACCCACCCCGGCUAACCCUGGAGAGCACAGCAUCAGCCACACCCAACUCUGAGCACUCAAGUGCCUUUCACACCCCCACGAACAAAACCCCUGGAGGCAGCACCUCCCUCUGCUUCUCCUUCCCUCCUGUCACAUCCCCAGUGCUGGAAAGGUCCUCCAUGGGGAACAUGGGCCCAGACACUUGCAGCCUGAGUUUAGAAGAUGCAGCCAGUGCUCCAGACCAACACCCAGAAGUUUCCAGGACUGCAAGAGAGAGUGGAAAUGGAAGCACUAACACUACUACAAAAGAGCCAAGAAGAGCAGAGAGUCCAUCCCCUAAUGACUCUGGCAUCUCUCUAGCUGAAGGUGACUACGUGGGGCUGAUGGAGGUGAUCAUGGAGACAAGUGAAAGCACAGGUGAAGAGCAGAUAGAUCAGUACAGCUAG